AUGGCACCUAGAUUGCCUCCCCCUCCUCAACCGAAUGAACCUGAUGCUUCCAACAACUCUAGAUUGUUGGAGAACGUCAUUGAGAGACUCCAACAACAAAAUACCACCCUCAUGGAACAAAACGCCACCCUGAUGCAGCAAAACCAAGCUGCUAUGCAAGGUUUGGAGGCCUCGCGUGUUAAUUCUGAAAACACGCAAAGGCAAUUGAUGGAGAUCUUCGCUGCCACUAGAGGUACGCCUGGAGCUUCUUCUUCAAACGCCACUCAACAUGCUACCCAACCCAAUGCUGAAUGGAGUUUGGAGAGUUUUCUCCAGCACCAUCCGUCCAAGUUCAGUGGCAAGUGUCUUCCGGAUGAAGCGGACCAGUGGCUGAGAGAUAUGGAGAGAAUUUUCAACGCCAAGAGAUGUCCGGAUGAAAACCGCUUGGCGUAUACGGAGUACUUGCUGACUGGAGAAGCCAGCCACUGGUGGGCGAGCGCCAGAGCCAUUCUGACGGACGCUCACCAGCAGAUUACUUGGGAAGUGUUCAGAAACAAAUUCUAUGAAGAGUACUUCCUUGACAGUGUCCGUUUUGCAAAGGAGGUUGAGUUUUUACAGCUGGUUCAGGGGGGAAUGUCAGUUUCUGAAUAUACGAACAAGUUCAAACACUUGAUUCGCUUCAAUACAAUGGCCACUAGUGAGGAGUGGCAGUGCAGAAAAUUUGAGAACGGUCUACGCAGUGAUCUGAAGGUUGUGAUUUCCAGUUUGUGUAUCCGAAUGUUCCCUGCUAUGGUUGAGAGGGCCAAGGUGUUGGAGAAGAACUUGGCAGAGGCGGAACGGCACAAGAAACAGCAAACAGUAAGGGGGCCGAUUGUCUCAAGGGGAAAUGUGAAUCAGAGAGGAUCCCCUUACGCUCGUCCAGCAGUCAACGCGAGUGGAUCUCAAGCCUUGGUUCCUGCUGGACAGUCUGGGCAGCAAGGUAGCGUUGUAUGUUACAAGUGUAGAGGGCCACAUUAUCGUUCGUCAUGUCCUCAACUGGUUGGAGUAAAAUAUUGCACUCGGUGUAGGCGAAAUGGCCAUCUGGAGAACGAGUGCAACAUGGGCGGACGCGCAGUAAUGAGGCCGCCGAACGCUGGGAGAAAUCAACAAGGAAGAGGUGGUCGAGCCCAAGCUACUGGACGGGUAUAUGCAAUCACUGGAGCGGAGGCAGCGAGCUCAGGUACGCUCGUCACUGGUACCUGCCUAGUUCAGGGAAUACCUUGCUGUGUGUUAUUUGAUUCUGGGGCGACGCACUCCUUCAUCUCGAAGGCAUGUGUUGAAAAGCUGGGAAUUGUGGAGAGAGAUAUGCAGUUCGACUUGGUGGUAUCAACACCAGCGGCUGGAGAGCUUAGGACAUCUACCGUGUGCAUUAGAUGUCCUAUUGUGGUUGAGGGGCAUAGCUAUAAGGUGAACUUAAUCUGUUUACCUUUGAAGGACUUGGAAAUCAUUCUAGGGAUGGAUUGGUUGGCUGCCAACCACAUUCUCAUAGAUUGUGGCAAUAAGGAGUUAGUAUUUCCUGACGAAGAUGAAGAAUGCGUAGGUGUGACGCUCGGUCAAUUGAAAGAAGAUAUUAUGGAGGGCGCGUCUUGCUUCUUGAUCAUGACGCAUGAAGACCAAGAGCUGGGAGAAUUGAGGCAAGAACGAGCGUCCGUUCUUGACAGUAAAGAACGAACGUCCAUUUUGGAGGAAUUCCAGGACGUUUUUCCAGAAGAAAUACCAGGGUUACCUCUUGUGCGUGAGAUUGAAUUCACCAUUGACCUGGUGACCACAGCAGCCCCUAUAUCUGUUCAACCGUACCGUAUGGCGCCUGCAGAGUUGGUUGAACUCAAAAAGCAGAUUGAGGAACUGAUGGAGAAGCAAUUCAUAAGACCGAGCUGUAUAGACUACAGGCAAUUGAACAAGCUGACCAUCAAGAACAAAUACCCGUUGCCAAGGAUUGAUGACUUGUUGGAUCAACUGCAUGGGGCAACGGUGUUCUCUAAGAUUGAUUUGCGUUCGGGAUAUCACCAAAUCAGGGUGAAGGAGGACGACAUCCAGAAGACUGCUUUCAGGUCGCGUUAUGGAUACUACGAGUAUGUAGUGAUGCCAUUUGGAGUAACAAACGCUCCUGCAGUGUUCAUGGAUUAUAUGAACCGCAUCUUCCGGCCAUACUUGGACAAGUUUGUGGUCGUUUUUAUAGAUGAUAUUCUCAUCUACUCUAAGACACAAGCUGAGCAUGAAGAACACUUGAGGGCAGUGCUGAGCGUGUUGAGAGAAAAGGAAUUGUAUGCAAAACUGUCCAAGUGUGAAUUUUGGAUGAAGGAGGUGCAGUUUUUGGGGCAUGUGGUAUCAGCUGGAGGCAUCUCGGUAGAUCCAGCUAAAGUGUGA